AUAUAAUUAUAAUCAAUUAACCAAUUAACAUAUUGAUUUAUUGUAUUGAUUAAAUAUAAUUAAAUAUUACAAAAUAUAUACAAAUUAAUAAAGAUUGUACCAAUUUUAGGAAAAAGAGGGGUAAAUUAAAUAAAUACUACUAGAGGACUCUUGAUAAUUUAAAAGCUUCGGUGGCACAUUAUCCAUUAAGUACCGGAACUGGCCACGUGGUGUCGCUGUCGAAGCAGACUGACACGUCUUCUGCAACUCCACGACUUCCGGCGACACGUUUGCCCAAACCAAACAGUCCAUUCCCACAAUAUCUCCAUUCAAAUCCACUUAGUACUUUUUUAAUGACAAACCCACGCGUCCCCCCGCCCAUUUUUCCUUCACAUUAUGUUCCAAUUUGAAAGUUAGUGAAUUACUCAUACAAGCAGAGGAGUUUGGCGUUCCAAAUGGGGGAGGUGAGGAAGCUCCAGAAGAAAUUGAGGCAGAUUGAGAAUCUGGAGAUAAAAAUCAGUCUCAAGCCCGAGGAGAGAUUCAAGAUCUCCAAGAAGGAGGAGCUGCGGUGCAGAUUGGCAGAGCUUCAGCUGCAGCUCUGUGGCCUGCAGCGAACCCCUGGGAUUCGAGAGGCAGACAUGAAAAGAGCAGGGCACAGGGAGGACGCCCCCGAGGACCUUCCAUCACAAGCGCCCCCGUCCUCCAAGAUCCUGAGGGGCCACGAGGAGACGAGGCCAAGGCUGCAUGCCACACAGAGGGCGACAGGAGGGUCAGCGGAGACGGCUUGGUGCCAAAGGGCACAGAAUGUCAGGGCGAUGUCACAGCACGGACGAGGAAAUUCUGAAGAGUGUCCGGAUCGCGAUGACAGGGGGCAGCAACCAGCACAAGAAGAUGCAGCGCUGACAUCCCUGAAAACAUGUUGGCAGAAGGCAAAGUUUCGCUUGAGGCUAUUGGAAGGUCACAAUGACAUCAUCACUUGUGUGCUGGUUGUUGACAGCCUGGUGGUUUCUGGCAGCCACGAUACCACUGUCAAAGUGUGGCACGUUCCCACGGCAACAGAGCACAAGAACCUGGGGGGUCACACCGGCGGGGUCACUUGCCUGUCUGCCCCUCCUCCUGAGUACUGCAAGAAGUUGGCCUGGUCGCUGUCGUUGUCAGACGACGAGAGGUUUAUUUUGAGCGGCUCGGCGGACUGUAACGUCAAGAUCUGGGCCCUGAGCAUAGGCCAGUGUGUGAAGUCUCUGUACACGUUCAACUCUGUGACGGCGCUCUGCUUUGUGCCUGAGGGCGACGGCUACAUCAUCACAGGAUCAGACGGGGGCAAAGUUCAAGCCUGGAGCUGGCGCACUUUGGACAACUGCCAAUCAAUCAACGCGCACCAGGGAGCAGUCACCUCCAUUCAGUCUCAGGGUCCACUAGUGUUCAGCGGCUCGUCCGACGGAGGGGUGUCUGUGUGGAAGAACCGCUGCACUGACCGAGACCCCCUGAGGCUGCUCCAUGGCUGGAGCGGUCAGGUGACGGGCUGUGGAGGGGGGCGACUGGCCCUCAGCCCCAGGGGGGACCAAGUGCUCCUUGCAUAUGGACGCGCAUGGAUCAAGAUCCUGCACUGGAUUACUGGAACAGUAUCCAAACUGACCAAUCACGGCAGCAUCACUGGGGUAACAGAUUGUGUCCACCAGACGGCCGGCCUCCUAAUUGGCUCCUGCUACGACGUGACCAAUGGCGAGAGCACACUGAAUUUGUUCUCCAUGCCUCAGUGCCACUACCUGGCCUCUCUGACCUGGCCACGAGCCCCCAGAAUGCUUUGCUUCGCAACGUGGACCACAGGGAGCGGUGACCACCGCUGGGUCAGCGGCGGGCGCGACCUCGUCGUGUGGGAGCAGCUCCCCAGCUCCGCGAAGCAGAGGGGGGACAUCACAGUGAAGAGAGACAUCCGGUUAGAAUUGCCACUAGAGUCCGAGGGGGACACGGAAGACGACGAGGAGACUGACGAACACCUUAAUGAUCAUGAUGAUGAUGACGACAACGUGGGAGGAGGAGACGAGGAGUACGCGCGGUCUGCCGACUCGUGGUUACGUUGCAUUCUCCAAUGAGGAGCCAUGUUGGAGAGAGGAGAGACUGAGGCUGGGGUUACGCUGCAUGGUUCAAGUGACACAAUUCCCUUUUUUUUUUUUAAGUGUUCAAGUGGCACAAUUGGGAUAUGAUUCAUGGCAGCAAAAAGAGAAAAAAUGCAGUCAGGUCUCUACUACUCUUAUGUAUGGGAUAUCUGCCAAUGGGGUUGCAGCAUACGUCGCAAUGCCAGCUUGAUGUCACUGAAAUAUACCAAUUGGUGAAGUACACACACCCACAUCUGAAUAUAUAAAUAAAGAACAUUAAAAAACACCUGCUGUGAAUCUAAACUACAGCAAAAGUGUAGACAAUUAAAUGUGGUUCAAAUAUGCUGUUAGAGACGCAUAUUUCAUUAAAUAAGUAAUACAGUGGAUUUGUACAGUUUUAAGUUUAAGAGUCUCAAAAUGAUUAAUCGCAAAGUAGUUGUCGAUGAAUUUCAUAAUGAAUUAGUUGUCGAUUAAUAGAUCAAUUGUUGCAUUUCUACUUUGAUUUGAACAUUCAUUCAUUCAUUUUCCGUAGCGCUUAUCCUCACUAGUGUCGCGGGCGUGCUGGAACCUAUCCCAGCUAAUUCUGGGCGAAAGGAGGGGUACACCCUGAACUGGUUGAUUUGAACAUAAAAACAAAAAAGAUAAUUAUAAAAGAGAGAAGAAAAAGGCAGUAAAUUUCAUCCUUCGGCACAGUUCACAUGUUCAAAAGGAAAUAGGAAGUAAAAAAAACUGCAGUAGUCCUGCCCUUUGUUCGCUAUAUAAUUAUGACCUGUCAUAUUAAUACAAUAAGUUAUUCACAUACAAAACUCAACAUCUAAACCACAUACAAUAUACAAGACAAUCUUCAAGGCUGCGAUGGAAACAACAUUUUAAAUAUUGUAAGAAAAGACUAAAUUAGGCAGCACGGUGGACGAAUGGGGUUCAAUUCCCGGCCCCACCUGUGUGGAGUUUGCAUGUUCUCCCCGUGGCUGCGUGGGUUUUCUCCCGGCACUCCAGUUUCCUCCCACAUUCCAAAAACAUGCAUGGUAGGUUAAUUGAAGACUCUAAACUGCCCGUAGGUGAGAAUUUGAGUGCGAAUGGUUGUUUGUUUAUAUGUGCCCUGCGAUUGGCUGGGAACCAGUUCAGGGUGUACCCCGUCUCCUGCCCGAUGAUAGCUGGGAUAGGCUCCAGCACUCCCGCGACCCUUGUGAGGAUGAGCGGCUCAGAGAAUGGAUGGACUAAAUUAAUGACAUGAAUAAAGAACAAAAGCAAAAUCAAGACACAAUUUCAUUACAAAACUCAACAAAACCAAAUGUUCCAACAUUUCCAAACUUUUUUCUGUGUUACACAAUUUCCGUCUUUUUUGAGUUACGAAACCUUGCUUGGUCUUUUUUUUUUUUGCUUUGUGUUGAAGCCAAAAUUUUAGUUACGGGUGAGCUUCGGCUAGACAGCGCCUCAAGCGAAGUGAAAAAAAAAAUGGAGCAAUUCAGGUACUGUAAUGCCCUCUCAUGUGGGCAAGGAGAGCCACGGUUGCCAAUGUACUUUCAGACGUUUAUUAAACAGGACAGUCAAACACACAAAUUCAAAAUGAGAACACUCGCUGUUGCUGAUGGCCACCAGUCACGCCCUGACGCUCACACGCAGUUUAACUGGCUAACCUGACUCUAGCUCAUGAUGUCACUCACUGGGCCACGCUCCUUGCAGGCAGACAUCAAGGACACGAAUACUACAGUACGUACAGUAAUUUCAAUUUGUAAAAAAGUUUAUUUCUUUACAUUCUCUUUUAUACAAUAUAGUGCUCUUUUACUUGAUUAAAAAUAUAAUUAAAAAACUGUGGUGUCAUUUUUGGGAGCUGGAACAGAUUAAUUUAAUUUCAAUGGGGAAAAUUGAUUUGAACUUCAAGUAAAGUUGGUCAUGGAACGAAUUGAACUCGUAAGAGAAUUAUUGUUGACUUCAUGUUGUCACUGCCCAAUUUUGUUGCUUGUGGAGUUGGGUGCAAUUUGGGCAUCUGUGCCUGGGUGCUGUUUCUUGUGGUCCGUCAGUGUAGACACACAUUGUCAACAUGUCACUUGAAAUGGACAUGGGAAAUCGAUUAUCUAAGUGUUUAAUUGGAAUUUGACACUAGGGACGUGCAAUGUAAAUCAAGCCUGCAAGUGUGUUGAUGUGUGAUUGUUUCCUCUGUAAAUAUUAGUUGCAAUAAAUCUGUCACA